CGCGACAGUCCUUGAGGCGGCGGGCACCCCGGCUGCACCAUGGGCAUAGGCGCCGUGAUGAAGAUGGGCUACGCCCUGGUCGUGGUCUCCGUGCUGCUGAUGGUGUGGGUGUCGCUGGCGCACGGCCGCGAGGUGGAGCAGGUGCAGUACCCGCCCUGCGUGUUCAACCCGCUGUGCAGCUGCUCCAAGGCCGUGCCGGACCUGGGCAUCGUGGUGUGCCAGGACGUGCCGCUCGCCCGCAUCCCGCCCCAGCUCAACUCGUCCAAGAUAUUCAUGCUGCACCUGGAGAACAAUAACCUGCGCAGCAUUGAGCCGUACUUCCUGCAGGCCACUGGCCUGUACCGGCUGGAGAUCAGCCACAACCCCGUGCCGGACAUCCCGGCGGAGGCGUUCGUCGGCCUGGAGAGGUCGCUGUGGGAGCUGGAGCUGCAGCACAAUCAGCUGCAGGCCGUGCCCAGCAGAGCCUUCCGACACCUGCAGAAGCUGCGGCGGCUGGACCUCACAGGCAACAAGAUCUCGGAGAUAUCGGCGGACAGCUGGCGCGGCCUGGAGGGCUCCCUCCAGACCCUGGUGCUAGCACACAACGCGCUCUCCUCAUUGCCUGCCGAGGCGUUCAGCGCGCUGCCCUCGCUCGAGUCGCUCGACCUGACCGGCAACGACCUCUCAGGACUUGACCCGGCCACGUUCCACUCCGGCCCGCCGCGACUGUCGCGCCUCCUGCUGGCCGACAACCAGCUGCCCUGGGUGCCCUACCGCCAGGUCGCCCCUCUGAGGGCGCUGCGCACGCUCGACCUGUCCUACAACAUGGUGACCAACCUGCACAGCGCCAGCUCGGAGCCCGACCAGCCCGGGACCCGGCUCUCCCUGGACACGCUGCGGCUCGACUACAACCAGAUCCAACACCUCCCUCCCGGAGCCUUCCAGCACUUCGACCUGCUCAACAGGACCUCGCUCGAUGGCAACCCCAUCUUCAUGAUCGAGGCCGACGCCUUCAGGGACGCGAGGAUCAGGGAGCUGUCCCUGCGCGACUGCGGCGUCACGGUGCUGUCCCCGGGCGCCUUCGGCGGCCUCGAGGCGUCGCUUCAGCAGCUCGACCUGUACGGCAACAACCUGACGGCGCUGCCUCACGCGCUCUUCCGCGAGUUCGACUUCCUGAAGACUCUGUCGCUGGGCGAGAACCACCUGCCCGACGGCGCGCUGCCCGGAGACUCGCUCAGCGGCUUCCAGUACAGCCUGUACCGCCUCGAUGUCAGCGGCCGGGACAUGGGCGUGGCGUCGCUGCAGGAUCUGCGCAGGAUCCGCAACCUGCGCGCGAUCACGCUCAGCAAGCUGCCGCAGACGCAGCUCAGCCCGCAGGACUUCGAGGACUUCGGGCUGGACCUGGAGGAGAUCAAGAUCACGCACGGGAACCUGCGCACGAUCAAGAACCACGCCUUCAAGCACGUGCGCGGCCUCAAGCGACUAGACCUGUCCGAGGGCUCCGUCUCGCAGAUCGAGUCCGAGGCAUUCGCGGAGGUCGGGCACUCGCUGGCCUUCCUGCGCAUGGCACACGGGCUCUCCUCGGCGAUGAGCGCGGUGCCCUCCGAGGCGCUGCGUCCCCUGGGCAACCUGCAGCACCUGGACCUCAGCAACAACCGCCUGCGCUCCAUGCCCGAGACGUCCUUCCACUUCCUCAGGAGGCUCAAGGUGCUGGAGCUCCAGGACAACCAGAUAGAGACCGUCUUCAAGGGCACAUUCCAGGGUGGAAUACAUUCGUCGCUUGAAAAGCUGUACCUCUCCUUCAACAACUUGCAAACCAUCAACACCCACACGUUCGUGGACCUGACCUCGCUGGAGCGGCUGUACCUGGACGACAACAGGAUCGGGCGCGUGGAGCGGCGGGCCUUCAUGAACAUGGACCGGCUGAAGCACCUGGACCUCCGGGGGAACAAGAUCCGCACCAUCUCGGACGAGGCCUUCCAGAACCUGCCCGAGCUGCAGACGCUCGACCUGGCCUACAACGAGCUGGCGGGCUUCGACUUCGCCGCCAUGGACCAGGUGGGGGUGCUGGCGUCGUUCAGGGUCAACGUCAGCCACAACCGCAUCCAGAAGCUGGAGGUGAACGCGAGCAGCCUCAGCGGCCGGGACGGCUCCGGGUUCUUCCACUCCAACGUGAAGGUGCUGGACCUGUCGUUCAACAACAUCUCGUGGUUCGGCCGCGGCUACCUGCAGCCCGUGGAGGCCUCCGUCACGCAGCUGUACCUGGGGCACAACCACCUGCAGAACGCCACCAGGGACGUGUUCGGCAACAUGCCGCACCUGCAGUGGCUCGACCUGUCCCACAACCGCCUCUCCGAGAUGGACUUCGACUCGUUCAGGAACACUCGCCGUCUGCAGGUGGUGCGCCUGGACCACAACCUGCUGGCGGACGUCCCCGCCGAGCUGUUCCGUGGCCUGGCGGGCCUGCGCGUGUCCGAGCUCGCCCACAACAGGCUGCGCGCCCUGCCCGACGGCCUGUUCCCCGAGGAGGGCCUGGAGCGCCUGGACGCCUCGCACAACCAGCUGGCGCGCGUGCCCGCCUCCUGCCUGGGCGCGUCCGCGGCCAGCCUGGUCGAGCUCGACCUGUCGCACAACCUCAUCGCGUCGCUGCAGGGCGCCGAGAUGUUCGGCAAGUUCCGGUCGCUGUCGUGGCUGGACCUGUCCGGCAACAGGCUGGCGCGGGUGGAGGACGGCAGCUUCGCCGCGCUGAGGCGGCUGUCGCACCUGGAGCUGAGCCACAACCAGGGGAUGGUGUUCGAGAACCGGGGCCGCAGCUUCCGCGGGCUGGAGCACUCGCUGCUGCACCUGGGCGUGUCAAACUGCUCGCUGGCCGCCGUGCCCGAGCUGCCGCUACCCUCGCUCUGGUCCCUGGACGUGUCGCGCAACGAGCUGGCCGAGGCGCCGCUCGACAUGACGCUGAACCUGACGGCGCUGCGGCGGCUGGACCUGUCGCGCAACCAGCUGGGCGCCGUGCCCAUGGCGGCGCAGUCGCUGCCGCAGCUGCGCGAGCUGUCGCUGGCCGCCAACCCCAUCACGGCGCUCACCAACGCCACCAUGAUGGGCGGCGCGCAGCGCCUGCGCGCCCUCGACAUCCGCCAGCUGCCGCUGCACUUCUUCGAGACUGGAGCUCUGUGCAAGAUGACGUCACUACGCACCAUCGAACUCAGCUCUUUCAAGUCCGUGCGCCAUUUCAACAUCCCUCAAGUCAUCCAGUCCAACACAGGUCUUCGCAAUCUCCACAUCGAGUCUCAUGAGGCCCCGGGACUCCAAGACGAGAUGAAAGGCUGGCUGCCAUACAAAGUAAGGAACAUCACGUUCAGUGGACAAGAACUGAGGAACAUUCCUGAAGACGCCUUGCAAGGCGUGCGCAGUCCGCGGCUGCACGUGGCGCUGCGCAACUCGAGCGUGGAGUCGCUGCGGCGGAGCGUGUUCCGGCGCAUGGGCCCGGUGCGCAACGUGACGCUGGACGUGCGCGGCAACCGCCUGCGGGCGCUGGGCAACCCCAGCACGGGCGGGUUGCCCGGUCUGCCGCGAGCCGCCUUCCUCGCCGAGCUGCGGGUCGCGGGCAACGCCUGGAGCUGCGACUGCGAGCUGGGGUGGGUGGAGAUGUGGCAGCGCAAGAAGCGGCAGUACCUGUGCGCGGAUCGCGACCGCGACGCCUGCCUGCAGAAGGACGACGACCUGCGGCUCGCCGUGUGCGCCAACAAGCACAACGCCAGCCUCGUGGAGGUGCUCAAGACCGACGUGGAGUGCGGCUGGGGGUCGGGCACCACCGUCGCCGCCGGCUCCCCGCGCCUGCUGCUGGCCCUCACCGUGGCCGCGCUCGCCGCGCUGCUCUAGAUCCUCCGAGGAGUGCGUUCCCUAGUCGUCUUGAGAUGCGUUCCAUAGUACGCCUUGCCACGCUGCUCUAGAUCCUCCGAGGAGUGCGUUCCUUGGUGCACCUCGCCGCGCUGCUCUAUAUCCUCCGAGGAGUGCGUUCCUUGGUGCACCUCGCCGCGCUGCUCUAGAUCCUCCGAGGAGUGCGUUCCUUGGCGCGCCUCACCGCGCUCCUCUAGAUCCUCCGAGGAGUGCGUUCCUUGGCGCGCCUCGCCGAGCUGCUCUAGAUCCUCCGAGGAGUGCGUUCCUUAGCGCGCCUCACCACACUGCUCUAGAUCCUCCGAGGAGUGCCUUCCUUAGCGCGCCUCGCCGCGCUGCUCUAGAUCCUCCGAGGAGUGCGUUCCUUAGCGCGCCUCGCCGCGCUGCUCUAGAUCCUCCGAGGAGUGCGUUCCUUAGCGCGCCUCACCACGCUGCUCUAGAUCCUCCGAGGAGUGCGUUCCUUAGCGCGCCUCACCACACUGCUCUAGAUCCUCCGAGGAGUGCCUUCCUUAGCGCGCCUCGCCGCGCUGCUCUAGAUCCUCCGAGGAGUGCGUUCCUUGGUGCGCCUCGCCGCGCUGAUCUAGAUCCUCCGAGGAGUGCGUUCCUUAGCGCGCCUCACCACGCUGCUCUAGAUCCUCCGAGGAGUGCGUUCCUUAGCGCGCCUCGCCGAGCUGCUCUAGAUCCUCCGAGGAGUGCGUUCCUUAGUACGCCUCACCACGCUGCUCUAGAUCCUCCGAGGAGUGCGUUCCUUAGCGCGCCUCGCCGCGCUGAUCUAGAUCCUCCGAGGAGUGCGUUCCUUAGCGCGCCUCACCACGCUGCUCUAGAUCCUCCGAGGAGUGCGUUCCUUAGCGCGCCUCGCCGAGCUGCUCUAGAUCCUCCGAGGAGUGCGUUCCUUGGUGCGCCUCGCCGCGCUGAUCUAGAUCCUCCGAGGAGUGCGUUCCCUAGUCGUCUUGAGAUGUGUUUCGUAGUACGCCUCACCGCGCUGCUCUAGAUCCUCCGAGGAGUGCGUUGCCUAGUCGUCUUGAGAUGCGUUCCGUAGUACGCCUCGCCGCGCUGCUGCUGCUCUAGAUCCUCCGAGGAGUGUUCCCUAGUCGUCUUGAGAUGCGUUCCGUAGUACGCUCGCCGCGCUGAUCUAGAUCCUCCGAGGGGUGCGUUCCGUAGUGCACCUCGCCACGUUUCACUGCGAUUCGUAGUUAAUACUCCACGAAGGUUAACUAUAAAACAAUGUUUUGUAUAUUUACCAAAUCUUAGUAGCAAUUAUUUUAUUGAAUUAUACCUUAAAAAAAAUGUAACUAUAAACAAAGAAUAUACUUUAUGCCUAUUCAUAAAAUUCUAAAGUGCCACAUUAUUUGAGAUGGAUAAUUGUAUUUCAUCCUUUACAAAAUACGUAUUCAUAUUAAUUAAUUAUUCAUAGCUUGUAGGCACUCAUGUAAAUAUUAAGAACACAAAAUAUAUUCAAUAACAUUUUAUCAUUUAAUCGUCUCAUAUAGCUGUAAUUGGUUAUCUGAAAAAAAAUUAAGAAUUUUUUAAAUUAAUAGAAACAAAUUAAUGAUAAGCGGAAGUACUAGCAAAAAAAAAUACACCUAUAUUUUUCUAGGAGUUAAAAAAGAAAAGUGUUUUAAAGGCUGUUAGAGUGAAAGAAAAAUCGACUUUUUUAAUAUUAUAAUCAUGUGUAUAUGUAUAGAGGCCACUGACAAGAUUGAGAUAUUUGCAGUUUGAAUAAUCUCAAAUAUAUUGUUACAAGAAAUAGUGGUUGAAUGUAAAUGAAAUGAUAAUUUAUUUAUUACAAAAACUCCAAGAUAAAAUAAAUAGAAAAUAUGCAGUUUUGUAUUAAAAUAUAUUAUAUUCUAAGUAAAAAGAUAAGUUCAUUUUACAGUACAUAACUUUAACAAUUAUUAAAAAAAUUGUAAAUUAUGACUAUGUUUUAAUAUUUAUUCAGAGAAUUCAAAGUGCAGUGUGAUAAGUUAGCAAUAUUUGUAUAUAAUACUUAAUGAUCUAAAUAUUUGCACUAUUAGAUAGUUAUAAAUAAUAUAAUAGGCUUUUAAAACAAGUAUUUUAUAUAAUAGGUUUUGAUUGAAUACAAAUUUUUUUACAUAAAUGUCUUAAGACAAAAUAUUUACAUAGGCAUCCAAACUAUUUAUUGACAGUUUUGUGACGAACAUGUAAAUAUUUUUUCGUCAGUUUUAUAUUGUAAUAUUGUAAAUUAGAAAGUGUUUGAACCACUUUUAUUUUGUUCGCCAGGACGGGUGUGUGUUAAAUUUACCAAAGUAUUUUAUUAGACUUUGCUUAACGUAGCAUAACUCUUAUUAACCACAAAUGAUGUAUAAAUAAUGUGUAUAUUACUCUUGUGUAUGCCAUAAUGAACCUCCAGUACAUAACAAAAACUUUAUUAUGCUCUUAGGGAUCUUCUUCCCGUGAUUUUGGUUGUAUAAAAUCAAUAAAUAUACUCUACACUUAAAAUAAUUUAAAUGAUAAUAUUUCCAUAUAAUUACUUACAAACAUAUACACCAGAUAUAUGAUAUUAAACAUUGCUCACCGAUGGUUGAGUUAGUGAAUAAUUUAAGUAAAACUAUGUAUUUUAUUUUACAUGACUAUAUGCAGUAGAGUAUACAAACAUGAUAAUAAAACAAUAACUUUCCUUUCUGUAUUCAACAAAAAUAUCAUUUAGAAAAUAAACUUUGUUUUCUGUUGUUAUAUUUUGUAACACCGUUUAUGGUUUUAACAAAAUAUUUUUGUGUUUUCCUUAAGUUUCAGUUAUCUGCAUGUGCAAUUGAAACAAAUUUCUUUAAGCUCAAUGCACUACAUUUUUAUGAACAUAAUAAACAGUUAUUUACUUCAAAAUAUAAACUAAUUAUUUUAGGUUGAUUAAAUAUUUAACAAAACAUAGAAAGCUCAUGAAAAGUUAUUUAAACAUUCAUAUCUCUCAUACUUCAGUUUAGAAUUAUGCACACUAUGCCUUUGUGUAUUAAAGUUGUAUUUACUAUUUAUUUGUUCAAUGAAAUAUUUUUUUCAAUUGUUUGUAAAUAAUGUGCCAAGUGUGAAAAUAAAUAAAUCUCGUAUGCCUACAUAUUUGAAAGAUUUUUUAAACAUUUUUUUGUGUAUAUCUUGAAUAAAUAUUCUUAGUUUUUGUGGUUUACUUAUAUUUCAACAAAUUACUUAUAAAUAACAGAACAAAUAUAAAAAUGAUUAAUGAUAUUUUUUAAAAAAAUUAUUUCUUUAAAUGUUUAAAACGUUGAAAUAUGAUAAAAUUCUUUUUUUUAAUCUGUACAAUUAAACAAACCAUAUUUAUUCAUACUAAAUUGUAUGAUUAUUUUUAACUAUCCUACAAACAAUUUCUUUAAACAAAACCUUAUUUGUGUUUAGGUAUGUUGUGGACUCCACCCUGCAACACAAUCAUUUUAGUAGCGUCUGAUCUUUUAGGAUGUCAUUCUUUCUUUGUAUCAUUGAUUAUGUGAAUGUUCAUUAAUGCAUAAUAAAUAAUUGGAGGAAUUUUUGCAUGUUUGUGAAUGUUGUAUGUCAGAUAUAUAUAAAUGAUUAUUGUGAUGUGCCUUGCUUAGUAAAUUAAACUUUUAUUUAU